UUGCUAGCUGCCGAAGAAAAUACAUAUUCGGUGCACAAUGAAAUCGAUGCUCACAAGGACCCGAGCUCAGAUCCGGGAGACGCCAAAGUGAUAGUGGAUCGAGGCUUGGAAUGUCGCCUACAGACUGAUGAACUUCUACUCUGUCCAGCGAGGCUUGAAUCCGAUCUGCUGGGAUUCGAUUCUCUUGACCACCUUGGAGCUGAAGUCUCAACAAAACUAGGAAAUAAGCUCUUUAUUGAAGGACAGUCUAGCGACUCUUCAGUCGGCUGGCCGGGGUCUUUGCUGCCAGCCACAUCUCCUCCGUAUCCGGCAGACGUGGCCUCGGCACGGGUUCCAAGUUGCCCAGCCUCCCGGCCUUUAUCGCCGAAAGGUCCUUUGGUGAAACCGAAGCCGUUGCGUCCGCCCUCGGAGGCGCGAACAACCACGAGCCCUGUUCACCCAAAACGAGGUCCCCUUCCACCAGUGCCCGGUAAACCGGACCCCCGUUCAACAAGGCCAGUUCUCUUCAGCCCCGUUCACUGCCAGGCCUCCCGCCUCGAAGAAGUUGGAAUAAAACAGCCUGGUUCAGAAGAAUCCACCUCCAUCAUCAUGUCCGAGCCCGAACAGUCUUCUUCAACAAUCGAAUGUUUGGUCGGCACAUCCCUGCCACCUACAGCUUCACACACGUCGAGCAGACAGACGCAGAAAUGUGCCAAAUUAAUUAGCCCCUUAGGCUCCUUUGAAAUGAGCUCUUCGUUAUUCUCUCCAGAGGCAGAGAGUCUGGAGGCACCAGAGCCAGACCAAAGUGAUGAAUCUAAACAUAUGCGAAGCGAUAUUGUGUGA